CCCGACGCCGCCGCCGCGGAGAGAACCGCCGAGGCGGCCACCCCCAAGCUCAGCGACGUGUCCCCAGAGCUGAAGGAGCGCAAGGAGGAUGCGAAAGCGAUGGAAGACGAAGGGCAGACGAAAAUCAAGCAGAGGAGGAGCCGGACGAAUUUCACCCUGGAGCAGCUGAACGAACUGGAAAGGCUUUUCGACGAGACCCACUACCCGGACGCCUUCAUGCGGGAAGAGCUGAGCCAGAGGCUGGGGCUCUCCGAGGCCAGGGUGCAGGUCUGGUUCCAAAACCGAAGAGCCAAAUGCCGAAAGCAAGAAAACCAACUCCAUAAAGGGGUGCUGAUCGGCGCCGCCAGCCAGUUCGAAGCCUGCCGGGUGGCCCCCUACGUGAACGUGGGCGCGCUGCGGAUGCCCUUCCAGCAGGUUCAGGCGCAGCUGCAGCUGGACAGCGCCGUGGCCCACGCGCACCACCACCUCCACCCGCACCUGGCCCACGCACCCUACAUGAUGUUCCCCGCACCCCCCUUCGGGCUACCGCUGGCCACCCUGGCCGAGUCCGCCUCCGCCGCCUCCGUGGUGGCCGCCGCCGCCGCCGCCAAGACCACCAGCAAGAACUCCAGCAUCGCCGACCUCCGCCUGAAGGCCAAGAAACACGCCGCCGCCCUGGGGCUGUGACCGCGCUCCCGCCCUUUUAUUUUUUUCUUUUUUUUAAAAAAUAAAAAAGGGGGGAAGAAAAAUAAAAGAGAAAAAAAAAAUUAAAAAAAAAAAAAAAGAGAGACGAGGGAGAGGAGAAACUGACGGGAGAUAUAUACUUAUUUAAAGAAUUAGAGGAACUAGACGCGCAGCUGGGAAGUUCACAGGUUUUGAAACUGACCUUUUUCUGCGAAGUUCACUUUAAUACAAGAAAUUUGAUAAGAGAGGCGGGCCUCCUUUCACGUUGCAUCAGAUACUUGAGUUUAACAACCACGUCUGGAAUGGCGACAAAAAGAAGAGAGAAAGACGACGACGAAGAGAAAAAAAAAAGAAAAAAGGAAAAAAAAAAAAAAAGACAAUGAUUUCUCUGCGAAUUUCUAAUGGGAAACUGUCCGGGAUACUUCCUCCAGCAGCAUUCCGGGUUGCAUGUAUUUGUAUUUCAUUGAUGGAGUCCUUUGAUUCACUUGCACUUCACCCUCAUCUUUAGUAGAAAAAAAAAACAAAACCACAAAACAAAACAAACAAACGUGGCUGGGUUCUUUCUCUUUUAAUCUUGGAGGGAAGCGGAAAGAGAGAGGGAGAUCAAGCACCACCUUUUCCACUCUUAAAUCUUUCUUGGUCGUUUGCUGUCCCGCUUCUGAAAUAAAAGGGAGCGGAAAGCGUCAGGAAAGCGGAGUGUGCCUCCCUUGGCUGGGUCUCUCUUGUCCUGAGGGCAAAAACAAAAGAAAAAGGAAAAAAAAAAAAAAAAAAGAGUAUUUAAUUCCCAACCACCACUUUACACAACGGCAAACUCCAAUAAGAGGUACUGGGUACAUGUAAAAUAUGUUGAUACACACGAACAAAGUUUAUUUUGGCUAUAACUUGUGAAUUGAUAGUUGACUGUCAAACAUUUACAUUUUAUCUCAUAAAGGUGUAUCUAUUCACGUAAUCUUGUGAUUUUUUUUUUUAUUAUUAUUAUUAUUUGAAAGACGUAUAGCUAUUUAACCUGGGGUACCUUGCAGUCGGUGAUUGUUAUCCCAGUUUGCCAUCAGACCCUCAUGCUUAUUGCCAAGAGAGAGGGAAAGCUCUUCUAUGCGAACUUUGGUACGGACGGGCUUUGUAUCUAUUUGUUCUCCAUGAAAACGAAAUUAUUUAUAUUGACCAUA